AUGUCGGGCAGCUACUUGCCAGAAGGCUUUGAGGCGGCCACUUCAGCUUUAGAUAGGUCCAACGUAUUUCGGCGACGGGGGAAUGAAUUGUACAGCAAGGCUCGCGAAAUGGGAAAGGAUGCAGACCCCUUUACCAACCUCAGGGGUGUGCAAGAAUCUGUAAAACUUUACCAGUCAGCCAUGGUGGAGUACGGAAAGGCUUUGCAGUUUCUUCCCAACGACCACCGGCUGUUUGCGAACCGUGCCCUUUGCUACAAGGCGGUGGAGGAUUGGGUCAAGUGCCGGGAGGAUGCGCAGCAUUGCAUCCAGCUGAAUCGACACUAUGUGAAGGGCUGGUUGCUGUUGGUCAAAGCCAUUUGGGAGCUUGGCCGGCAGAGCGAGGCCAUGCAGGAGCUACAGAAUGGUUUGAAGGCCAUCCCUGGCUCGCGAGAUUUGCUCGACCUGCAGGCUGCCCUGACAUCAGGCUGCCCGGCAAGGUCAGGCCGAAGCGUGUCGCCUGCAUGUACGCCUGGCAAUACGCCCAGCGUCUCACGGUCGAACACGCCACCUCGCGCGUCCACGCCACCGCCACCGCCGCCUGGCGCUGCCACUUUGCCAGCUAUUGAUGGCUUUGGAAGAUCCACCGGGCACCUCGUCACCAGGGACCAAGAAAAACAUAAGUCCUUGCGGCAUGACAGAGAUCCAAUGCUUCGCACGGCUCUGGUGGCUUUGUCACGAAGAGCCUCAUGGAUUUGGGCUGUGGAUUCGCUCCAGGCCUUGCAAUCGCUUCACGCGUGCUGGACGAUCGCGCCGUCGUUUUUGAACUCGAUUCUCAGUGCUUUGGACAAAGCUGCCCGAUGGCGUUUGGCAUUGGAUUCCGUGGGCUGGAUGACCUUGAGGCAGAUCAAGCUUGAUGCCUGCAGUUUCAACACAGUUUUAAGCGCAUGCCGUCGGCAGGACUGGAUUCGGGGGUCUUCCUUGCUUGCAAUCUUUGCAACGAGGUCCACGAGAAUAGACAUGGUGACCUGCAGCACAGCCAUCAGCUCCUAUGCCGAUGCCACGCAAUGGCGUAAAGCAACGUUUUGCAUGUUUAGCAUGCAGCAAAAAGCUCUACAGGGAAAUGACGUUGCACGAAGCGCUGCAGUGCACUCUUGUCGGGCAGACGCCAGUUGGCAGCGGGCCAUGUCCUUGGCUGGUGCUCUUCAAUUGUCAGCUGGCUACCGUGCAGUGAUCAACGCAUUGAUGGCCAAGUGUCAGAAACACAACUCCUGGGAGCUUUCUGCAUUUUUUCUCAGCCAAUUGGAAGACACGAAGCCGAUGAGUUAUACCAUUGUCAUGGGUGCCUCUCCAUGGACUUUCACACUGAGGCUUCUACACAGAAUGCGCGACGUCAGUGUCCUGGUAGAUCCUGUUAGCGCAAAUGCAGCCACAAGCGCCUUAGAAGAGGGAAGUGCAUGGAGAGGGUCGCUGUCCCUCAUCAAAGGUGCACACUUCACUCGGCUCUUGCUGGGUACGCCUGCUGAAGCAGUUCGGAUUUCUGCUGUGAGCCAUUCUGGUCUUUGGCAAGCUGCUUUGGAGAACAGAGGCAAUAUGGUCAUUGCAACAGUUGCAACACAAGUGAUUUGCAAUGCUAUGGUUGCUGCAUGCGAGAGGGGCAGGUCUUGGAAGUGGAGUGUGGCAGUUGUGCGUACCAUGCCAGCUCUUGCCAUGAGCACCGAUGAGAUUGGUUACAACUCGGCCAUCACAGCUUGUUGGAGGGCCAGGCAAUGGCCUGAAGCAUUGUAUUUGGUACAAGCCUUGGAACGGUCAAAUGGAUUAGAUUUGGCGAGCUGCUUGCUGGCACUUGUGGCGCUGGAGGCUGCAGGCAAAUGGAAGCUUGUCGCAGGCUGCUCUGAAGCGGUAGGUCAAACACUUUUUGGAAUGUGGAGCAGCCGAGAGUUGAAUCCCAGCCGUCUUGACCGCAGAAGCCCAGAUGUCGUUUAG